AUGGUAUUCUCUCCUUCUUUCUUUUUCUCUCUCUUUCUCUCUCUCUCUCUCUCUCUCUCUCUCUCUGUGUGUGUCUCUCUCUCUGUCUCUCUAUGUCAGCCUCUUUCACACACACACACAUACAAUACACACAGACGUUCUCUCUCCUUUCUCACACAUGCACUGGCAUUCUCUCUCUCUCUUUCUCUCUCUCUCUCUCUCUCUCUCUCUCUCUGUCAUAUCUAUAAAAACUCAUUUUCUCUCUCUUUCACACACAUAUACACACACAUACAAAUAUACACAGACCUACUCUCUCUUUUCUCAUACAUUCAAUGGUAUUCUCUCCUUCUUUCUUUCUUUCUUUCUUUCUCUCUCUCUCUCUCUCUCUUUCAUAUCUAUAAAAACUCUCCCUCUCUCUCCCUCUCUCACACGCGCAAACAAAUCCAUGCACACAUUCUUUCUCUUUCUUUCUCACAAAUGCACAAGCAUUCUCUUCUUUCUCUCAAUAUUGCCAUUAAUCUAACUUUAUACCUUUAA